CUCUGUGUUCGCUUGGUACAAAGUUAAAUACUCCGGAUAUAAGAAAUCUUACAAACAAAUUACUCAUGACAAACGUGAAUUAUAUGGCGAGAAUGUAAAAAAAAGCAGGAAACGGAGCAGUGUACUUAUAUAAGUUGAAGCGUUUCGGUUUUGAUUAAUUCUGAAAAACCCGAGACUCCCUCCGGAGCUGCUACUUCAUCGUGGUUGUGGACCUGUGGUCGCCUUCAGAGCAUCAACUCAUAAACAGACAAAGAGCCGGUUCUCCUACUUCACCACUUGCGACUCUUCUUCCAGCAGAGACUGUUCUUCUUUCUCCAGGAGAUGACUGCUUGUAUCGAGUGUCAACAGAAUUGUCUAUGUAUUCAUGGCCAACACAGUUCAAGUACGGCUAUCACUUCUUUCUUCAAAGUCAUGAUCAGCAAUGACUUCUUGGAAACUCUGUAUCUGCCUCCUAAAUUUGCCCGAGCUACAUCCUGUUUGACUGAUCAAGAAAUCUAUCUUGAAGACUCUGUUGGAGUUAAAUCAAAAGCUAUGGUUUCAAAAUGUAAUGGCUCACUGGCUAUCCAUCAGGGAUGGCACCAAUUCUCAUUGAACCAUAACAUCGAGAAGGGGGACUUUUUGUUGUUCUAUUUCUUCACAAGGCCAGCAAAGCACUUUGUCGUUCACAUAUAUGGACGGAAUGCUUGUCCCAAAACCAAUUUUGAUGCGCCAUUGACAGACAGAAGUAACAGAAGGGAAAGAACUGUCAAUUGCUCACUGGGACGAGGCAAGGUUGGGGGCACACAUGUGGAUUCAUUGAACGAAGAAAGUCCUGGUGCUUUGGGUAACAAACAUUGCCAGCCAUUAGCAAUAUCAUGUGCUCCAAUCAUUGAUGGAGGUCAUAAUGUCAAAGAAUCUUGUCCACCUGUGGAUUUGAAAGAGCCAUUUCAUAUGACUGAGCAAGAGACUGAAUGCAGACAGACAGGAAAUAUAGACCACAAUGACCUGUUGCAAUUUGAAAUGCUGGAAACAAGGAUUGCAGGGGAAAAUGACACUUGCUUGAAGGUUGUAAACGUACAUUCCGGUCCAGGUCAGCAAGACAUGCAGCGGGAAACAGAUGCAAGCUCUAUGAAUGGUGUCGUUUUCAUCCCAGCUAAGACAGAACCAAAUGACCCACCAAGCAGUUUUACAACAACCAGAAAUGAACUCCAUAAAAAAUCUCAAUUUGAUGGACAAAGUAGUUGUCUUAAAACCAACUCUGAUGCACCACCCACAGACAGAAGUAACAAAAGGGCGCGAACUGACAAUAGCUCACUAGGACGAGGAGAGGUUGGGGGCAUACAUGUGACUUCAGUGAACAAAGAAAGUCCCGGUCCAGAAAACAAUAAUUGCCAGUCAUUGGCAAUAGUAUGUGAGCAGAUCAGUGAUGAAAUCCAUAAAGAGAAAAAAUCUUGUCCACCUUCUAUGGAUUUGGAAGAAUCGUUUUAUAUGACUGAACAAGAAACUGAAUGCAGACAAGAAAGAAAUAGAGACCGGAAGAACCUGUCACGAUUUGAAAUGUUGGAAACACGGACCACAUGUGGAAAUAACUAUGGCUUAAAGGGUAAAGGUGUACCUUCCGAUCUUAUUCAGCAAGAAAUGCAGUUGGAAAAGGAUGCAAGUUCUAGAAAUGGUAAUGUUUUCAUCCCAACCAAGAAAGAACCAAGUGAUCCUCCGAGCAGCUUUGAUCCUCCAAGCAGCUUUACAAUGCCAAAAAAUGAACGACGUAGAAAAUAUCAAAUUGAUAGGAAAAUGAAAUCACAAGAGAAGGAACCAAUGCAAACGAGAUCACAAGGUGCAAUGCUAUCAAGAUCAAAAGUGGCAGCGAGCAGGCUUGCUGAAAGGGAGAAUGUUUUCUAUUUAGGAGAAUCCUUUCGCGGAGCGUCAGAAAGUGAAAAACCCAUAGUAAUUAAGGAGGAACUAAUAGAAUUUUUAUCAGAAGACACGGGCAAAAAUCUGAACACGACAAACAGCUACAGUAAAACAUUAAAAAGGGAACCUGUGGAUGAAGAAGAUAUUCCAGCAUCUGUUGCAGUCUCUAGAGAUUCGUAUUUGGUGCUGGUUGGCAGCCCUGAUUUUCUUGAAUUACCAGACUGUUGGCCGAAAACUGAAAGGAAAGAAAAUGAGAUCAUAUUUCUUAGAGACUCAGCAAAGAGAGUUUGGCCAGUUAUGUUAUGUAGGAGGAAGCAUUUUACUGUUUUGACAAAUGGUUGGAAAGAGUUCAAAGCUGCUAAUGAGCUUAGACCAGAAGACAGUUGCCUUUUCAAUCCCAAAAUGAGGAAUGAGUACAGCAUUGAUAUUAGGCGUAAGGAGGAUGCCAAAGGAACCAUUGCCCCAGAAUUUGACCUCAGGGCAAGCAACUCCAGGCAUAGUGCAUUCUCUCCCCGCAGCUAAUAGGCCCACACCGAAGUACGGUUUGAUGUACUAACCCUCCUGAUUAAAAGGGUGAUGAAGUUCCAACAUGCUAUCUUGUCUAUAAGAUUAAUCAAAUCAGAAAAAGUGGUUCAGAGUGUAUCAAAUGUUCGAAUUUGUGAAGUGUUUGCCGUUGCUGACUGGUAUUUCAUUUUUUCGAGGGAAUGACUGGUAUUUCCUUGCUUUUAGAUUUUUCUUCAUAUUCAUGUGUUUUGUUAUUCUGGUCAUUGCUUCUUUUUCUUCACCAUUCUAAUUAUGUGUUGAUUCUUAGUAGGGAUGACAAUUGUGACCGAUCUGAUGGAUACCCGCACCAAACCGCCCCGGUAAAAAUGGGGAAAACCGCAUUGACCGGGUAAUGGGUACGGGGUGGGGAGUAGCCGUUUUGUUUUUACGGGUAACGAGGUGGUUACGGUUUUAAAGAUGCCCGCCCCGUAUCCGCACCAUACCCGCCCUGUACUUGCCCCGUACCCGCCCCGUACCUGUUCCGUUUAUUUUUUAAUUACAUUUUUAUUAUGUUCUUAUCUGUUACUCCGUAUUUGUCUCACAACUACUAAAAUAUGAUAUUUUCUUAUUUUAAUUGUGUAUAUAUGAAGAUAAUAUAUGUACUAACUAUAGUGUAUGAGUGAAAAUUCAUAAUAAUAGAUCCUAAUAGUCUUAUUUGAUUA